UCCCACAAUGCACCGCUACGUCGACUGAGCUGCCAGGGAGAACAACGGAGCGGCUAGCUACUUGUACCUAAACAAACAGUGUUAGUCAGCUAAUAGUGUACAGUUAUAAGGUAGUAAAAAGUGAGCUCGGUGUACUGUUUGUUCAUCGAUAACUAUAAGAUUACUAGAGCUUUCAGGGCGGAUGCAGCGGUGAUACACACUCCUGUCGGCAGCUGGGAGGCGGUGCUCUUUAGCAUUAGCUAGCCAGUUAGCUGUUCAAACCAACGGGAGAAGCUGUGUGAAAAGCUGCUGCUAACAUUUCGACUGGCCACAAAACGAACACACAAAGGAAAGAAAACAUAAAGAAAUUAUUUAAAAGUUUAAAUUAAAUCUGGUAUUACUGAUAAGGACCGCUGUGUCGUAACAUAAGCAAGUUAGUGGUUACUUUGUUGAGACCAUAGCUUCUACUACAUAGAUUGACUAACGUUAGCUAAAUUAAUUUAUCUAUUGUUAGGUCGUUUGAGGCGAUAUCAGUAAAUACUGGAUUUGGGUAGCUUUAGCUUACAUAGCUAGAAAAACACAAUGAGUACCGAGGCUGCAGCGUCCACUAAACCCACACCGGAGGAUGAUGGCAUGACAUGGUGGUACCGAUGGCUCUGCAAAAUAGCUGGAGUGUUGGGAGGAAUAUCCUGUGCCAUCUCAGGAGUGUGGAACUGUGUCACUGUGAACCCCUUAAACAUUGCUGCUGGAGUUUGGAUGGUGUUAAAUGCCUUUGUGCUGUUCCUAUGUGAAGUGCCGUUCUGUUGCCAGUUCAUAGAGUUUGCUAAUGCAAUAGCAGCCCGUGCAGACAAAUUCAAACCUUGGCAGAAAGCCUUCUUCUACUGUGGGAUGGCUCUGUUUCCUGUAUUCUUGAGUUUCUCUUUAACAACCUUGUUUGGAAAUGCCAUCGCCUUCGCUACAGGAGUUCUGUACGGCCUUGCAUCUUUAGGCAAAAAGGGAGACGCAGUGACUUAUGCCAGACUGCAGCAUCAGAAACAGGCAGAUGAAGAGAAGAUGACAGAAACGGCAAAUGGGGCUCCGGAGUAAGGCAUCUGCCUGUCCCCACCCUCUUCCUCUAUUUUCUUCAGUUGUUGCCGCCCUCCAUCCAUCCUACCUCUUCCUCCAUGCUUCUUCCCCAUUUCUGUCACUACAUAACUAUGGUACUGAGUUUACUUAUUUACUUAAACUGCUGCAUUCUUGUUGUCCUGACCUAAUAGUAUCCAAACUGAUUGGCGUUGGAUUAAGUCCAUUAUUUGGUACUUGGCGUGAAAAUGGAAUCUCUCAUCGGGACUUGAUUCCAUAGAUUGUAUGUUUAGUUUUUCAUGAUUUAUGUUCUUCUCAUGGGUUGUAUUUAUUACUAUAUUUCCCUUUGUUGCUGGUGUCAGUUGUAAACCCUUUUUCUGCAAGAAAAAAGUGAGGUACACCUUUCCAGUCCAAGAACCUUUCAGGAAAUCUGAAAACUAAAUUAAUGUGAAUGUAAAAUGUACAUAAUUAACUUAAGGUUAUCAGGUUAUUUGCUAUGACUUUGAGGUUGAAUCAAAUGUGUCUCGCUUGGAGAGUGAGGUGGUAACAUGGGGUUCAGGCUUGUUUUAGCAGCAGACCCAAAUAUUGAUAACAGCUCUUUUGCAGCUCUGACCUCAUUAUCAUCGGAAAGUAUUUGCCAGCAGGGUUUCCAAAGCCUGUUGCGUUAACUCUGCAUUUAAUCCGAAGAACUUACUUUAAGCAGUGAAUGUCAAUGAUAAAAGUCAACUUAGUUAAAAAUUUUACUUACAUUUAUAUGGGGGGUCUUAUUAAACUUUAUUAUAAUAUUUAUUGAAAAAAAUAAAUAUUUGCCUUUUGAAGGACUACAAAUAAAACUUUGGACAGUUACUACAACAGAUCUGUAAAAAGCCUCAAGUUUCUGUGAGUAUUUUCUGUAUUUGAGUCCCAAAAUGUACCUUCAUUGGACUACUUCUGAGUAAAGAAAGUAGGAGUGGUUUGGGUAUUACAGUAGUCUACCCACUGUGCGGACAAACCUCUGAAUUGCAGCCUGAAUGCUUUUUAAAAUACACAUAGGCAUUAGAGAUAUGUUUAACAUUGGGGAAUGUAUCUGGUAUACCCAAAGAUAAAGAAGGUAUGCUUUCAUAUAUUAUUUGUUCGGUUAGUUUAAGCUCAGUUGGGGAAUUACUGCAAACCUUUGGUGGUGUGGACUGGGAUAGAGGGAAUUUUAGGAAAAGCGUUCAGUGCAUGUGUCAGCUUGUGUAUGUAUGGUUCCUCACGAUCAAGCAGCCGGUAGCUGUGUUGUGGCGACAGAUUUUGUGGCACAUUAUGAAUUGGAAAACUGUGCUUAUUAGUUCUCCUUUUUAAAAGAUUGUUUUAGAAUGUGUUACUGAAUAUCUUCUGAGUUUAUUAUAUGUCUUAAUUAGCAAACUCUACCAAAAUCCAGUACAAAUUCAAUGAGGGAGAAGUGUCUUGAUUCAGGGACGAUUUGGUCUGUAUCCCACACAAUCACCAGAGCCAUGGUUUGCCUUUUGUCACUCAAAUGAGGUAUGCAGUGUUCAGCAAAUGUACGAUUUGUGUUUGUGUUUUGUUGCCUUGCCCCUGUUGUGUAAAAAUGAACUUUGGGAAUAGUUCUGUACACUUACCUCUUACAGCUGUUUCUAUCCUAAAUCUAUUACUGGCUGGUGAGUGACUGAGUGGAUUAUUCACAUAUUACCACCAGCUCUCAGGUAUCAUACUUACCAAUGCACAGUGAACAGAUACAAAGUAGUUUAUGAAUAGAUCAUAGAUGUAUGGGAACUAACAUAAGCACGACUAUGGAAUUAGUAUGUCAUUUGAGCCGAUGGAACAGCAUUUGUGUAGCAUUAAAACAUGCACAACCAUCGUUUUUAAACACUGCACAUACACACCAGCAGUAUGCUACAGUUAGACACUACACACCUCCUACACUAUAGGUUUAAUAAGAUGCAAAACAAAACUCCUUGCCUUGUCCACAAGCCUCCAUCCAGUUUUAUUGUUUUGCAGUGGCGUGCACCCAAGAUUUGAGUGCAUAUUUUGCUGUAAGGGAUAUGUGUAUAAUGUGUGUUGUGAUGUGAAUACUGAUCUUGUUUAUCAAUUCGUGAAUUAAACAAACUUGCUACUACU